AUGAUGUUUGGAUGGGUUCCUCCCCUGGCGCUCGUGAGCUUGAGCAUGAUGAUGCUCAGCACGUUGCCACUAGCACUUCGCCACCUCGAGACCCGGUUGCUUCGCCACCUCGAGACCCGGCUGUUUCGUCCACUGAUGACGACUCUCCCGUCUCUCCUGCUUCGCCUGGUGAGACCUCGGUCGGUGCCUCUUCUCCAGACAUUUCUAUUUUGGCCGAGCCAGAUACUCCAGCUGAACCUCCUGUUCCUGCGGUUCGGCGUGGUGAUCGUGUUCGUUUCCCUUCCAUGA